UUUGUUACGUCUGGUGGAUAGAGAGUGAACUAAAAUUGCAAAUGGCGUUGUUUUGUUCAAAAUGGCUGCGUACACGGUGAAAAGUGAGUUUAGACAUCUUGGAGAUGUAUUUCUGUGACUUGUCAACACGUGUUUUGAAGUUAAAAAUAAUAUAAAUAAAUUCCGUGGGGGUUUUUUUGUCAAUUUCUCAUGCAUUAUUACACUCAUGAAUAAUAAAAACUUCCAAUACAUCUGAAAAUAAUUUAACUUUGGAUCUAAAAUGUGUAGUAUUCAUGAUAAUGAAGAUGGAGAAUUACAAAAUUUCAUUGAAGAUGAGAAAAUUGACAAAAUAGAUGAUCAUAAAUGUCGGAAAUGUGAUGUAAAUACAGCAGCAAUAAGAUUACGAGGGAAGGAUUUUUAUUGCAAGGAUUGUUUUUUAAUAGCAGUAACCCACAAAUUUCGUGCGACUUUAGGAAAAUCAAAAAUUGUCAAGUCAUCAGAUAUAAUUCUUGUAGGUUACUCAGGUGACCCAAGAUCCACAACACUACUUCAUUUAAUUAAAGCUGGAAUGCAUGAGUCUGUCCAUAAACGUUUAGUUUUCAAAAUCAAAGUGCUUUUUAUUGAUGAAGGUAUUCUUGAUCAACAGAAUGUUGAUAAACGACGACAAAAUGUCCAACAAAUUCAUGAAAAAGUCAAAGCACUAGGGUUUUUAUGUUUUUUUCUAUCUCUUAGUGAUGCAUUGGAUAAAACUUCAAACAUUGAAGCUUUAAAGAGUGAUGAUUACUGCUCUAAUUUAGAUAAAAAUAACAAAGAUGAGUAUUUGAACGCCAUUUUGAACAAAUUACCAAGCAAGACAUCAAAGAUUGAUUUCAUAAAAAAGUUGAAGAAUCAAUUGAUGUUGGUAGCAGCUAAAAAAUUAAAUUGUACAAAAAUUUUCGUUGGAGAUGAUCUUCAUUCACUUGCUGUUGAUAUUCUGAGCAAUGUUUCGCUGGGCAGAGGAUCACAAUUGUCAUCAGACGUUGGAUUUAUUGAUGAACGAGAUCCAGAUGUCAUGAUUUUACGACCACUAAAGGAUUUUAACACACAUGAAGUCGAGUUUUACAUGAAAAUAAAUAGUUUAAAAGCCAGUGACACUGGAAAUUGGAUGCAAUUGACAAAUAGUGGUGCUUAUUCAUCAAUCCAAGAGCUAACAAACCAGUUUGUAACUGAUUUAGAAACAAGAUUCAGUGGUACUGUAUCGACAAUUUAUAGAACUGGUGAAAAAAUGACUACUAGUAUCAAUAAAAAUAAAAAUGAAAGUGAUAGUUGUAUUUUUUGUAAUGGUUUAUUGGACUCUAAACCUCUAGAUGAUGGUAUUUCUGCCACUGAUGCUACUACAUUUUCAAGAAUGAUAUCUCUACAGGGAUUAAAAACUCCAGUUAUUGUAAAUAAUAGUCAUAUUGAAGAUAAAAAUGUUUUAAAAUGUGAUAGUUUCAAACCAAGGAAUGAAAAAAGAGAUAGGACUCAUUGUAAUGCAAGUGUUAAUUAUUGUAAUGAAGAUUGUGAGAAGAAAGAAAAUAGUAACGAUGGAGAUUUAACAGUAAAAAACGUGAGUAAUUUUUUAUGUUAUGGAUGUAGGUUAAUUUUUCAGUGUAAUUUCGAUUUGAAAACUGUUCCAGAGUUUAUUUUAGAGAAGUGUAAAGAGAAAAUGUAUUUAGAUAAUAUGAAAGAACAGAUAGAAGAUUUUCUGUUGUAACAAAUAUUAGAGUGUAAAUAUAUUGUUAACUUGCUAAAUAAAUUAAAUUAUUAAAUAAUA